AUGGCAGAUCAGAUUGGGGUAGUUCAGCUCGAUGACACCGGUUUCGAUGCGCUCUUACGACACAGUCGAGUACGGCCUCCUGUCUCUGGCGCAACCUCGUCGCAUCAGUCUGGCGCCCAGACACCAUCCGAGCAGCAAUCGCUUCAUAGUGUCCGAAAUGCCUCGACAGAGCCAGAGACCUCCAAGCGUCCUUUCCAAACACCGCUUCCAGACACAUCAACUUCUGGACGUCGGUUUCAUCCGGAUGCUUCUGUUGUCUUGGUGGGAAUAAGAGCAUCCGGAAAGCGGUCCUUGGGUCUAAUAGCUGCCACGGCACUGGGAUGGCGUUUCGUGACCGAAGACUACUACUUUCAGACUGUCAAUGGCCUCUCCAGGCAGGACUACCUCAAAGUCUACGGCAGCGAGCAAUUCCACAGACAGGACAUCGAGACUUCCAAGCGAAUGCUCGAAGAGAACAAGUACCAAUGCGUCAUCGACUGUGGUCUUGGGAGCCUCACGAGUGGUCUUCAGGACUACCUCAAGCGAUACAGCCAGACGAAUCCCGUCGUUUUCGUGGUCAGAGAUAUGGCUCGAAUCAAGCAGCUGCUGAACCUGGACGUACGAGCUGCGAAGCUGCUUGAGAGCGGCAACUCAACACAUCGAAAAUGUUCCAACUACGAGUUUUACAACCAGGAGGACGAUUCAUCGAAUGAGCUCGCAGAUUCUGAUUCCACAGACCGAGCCUCACCAACCUAUUCUUUCAAGCUGAGAAAAGCUCAGGCCGAUUUCUCUUCCUUCGUUCGGUUCAUCACAGGAAAGCACACAGCUGAUUCGAUGUUUCUGUCCCCUUUCUCUCUAGAACGCCCUGUUGAGUCCCGAGCAUUCACUCAUACGCUCUUUGUCACUCUGUCAGAUUUCCUUCAAGACCGUGUUGACUUUGGGGUCUUGGAGGCCGCCGGAGAUGUCCUAGAGAUUUAUGUCGAUCAAUUUCAGUCAUGUACAGUAUCGGCAAUGGCCAGGAUGGUGGCCGUGGUCAGAAGGGUACUCGGAGUACCCAUCCUACUGUCGGCUAGCCGCAAGCUCAGCGAGGCCGCUCUGACCGACAAUUACAUGACGAUCUUAUUGCAAGGAUUGCGGCUUGGCGUACAGUACAUGUCUCUGGAUCUUGACCUGGAAGAUGCUCAGAUCCGCCAGCUCAAGGCAGUGCAAGGACACACGAAGCUUGUGGGAACGUACCUCCAUCCAAACGUGGAUGGCCAAGGCUGGAAAAACCCGGUAUUGGUGGACAUGUACAAGCGAGCGGUAUACCUUAAACUUGAGCUAAUACGUCUUCUCAAUGUCCCCAUGUCUCGUCAGGAGAAUGACAGUGCGAUAUGGUUCAAGGAACGAUUGAAAGGACUCAAGGGUCCUCAACUUCCCUGCAUAGCCUACAAUACCGGUCCUCUUGGGCGAACAUCGCAAAUGAUGAAUUCGAUCCUGACCUCGGUCACUCACCCCAGCAUCACAGGCGUUCAAUUUGACAUGGAGCAUACUCUCCGACCGCUAUUGUCCUCCGAGAGCAUCAUCAGUGGCCUAUCCGGCAGCUACAUUUUUGACCCUCUGCACUUCUAUAUAGUCGGCGCCAAUGUCUCUGGGUCGUUAUCUCCUGCGAUGCAUAAUGCCGCCUAUCAACUUGUCGGCCUGAAACACAAGUACAGCACUAGGAACAUCACGACGUGGGAGGACAUCGAAGAACUUGCGAAAGAUGAUGCUAUGGGCGGAUUGAGCAUCGUGCAACCCUACAAGGUCAAACUUGUUGGUCGCACGCAUGCGCUUAGUGGGCACGCCAAAGCCAUCGGCGCCCUUAACACCCUGCUACCUCUGCGCGAGACGACUGCUGGGGCUUCGUCUGCUCUGGAAGCUCAAGCUCUUUCCCGCAAUCAUGCAGGGCGUAUCAUCGGAUGGUUUGGGGAUAAUACCGAUUUCAUUGGUAUCCUGAACUGCGUGAAGCGAAGCCUAUCCCCACGCAAUGCAAUUCAGCCCAGAACAACGAGUCUGGUCAUUGGUGCCGGGGGCAUGGCAAGGGCUGCGGUGUAUGCGAUGCUGCAGAUAGGUUGCAAGCAUGUAUUUGUCUACAACAGGACCACCGCAAACACUUUGGCCCUGGCUCGACACUUUAACGAGUUGGUUCGGGCUGAAGGGAACAGCAGCGCACUAAAACCUCAACAGGACUAUGUGAGGGUCAUUGAACGUACAACCGAUGCCUGGCCGACAGAUUUCGCUCUCCCAACCAUUGUGGUCUCCUGUGUCACACACGAGUUACUGGACGGCAACCCAGGCGCAGAUUUCGAGAUGCCCGAGUCAUGGCUGCAAUCACCUAGUGGCGGUGUUGUCGUUGAGAUGGCCUAUAUGACGAAGGAGACACCGUUAAUCAAGCAGAUCAAACAAUAUCGCGAGGCUACACGGAGACCAUGGGUCUUGGUUGAUGGCAUUGAGGCGCUCAUUGAGCAAGCCGUGGGUCAAUUCGAAUCCAUGACUGGGAGAAAGGCACCAAAAGGCUGUAUGGUGGACGCGGCGCGUGCAUGCCUCCGCAACAACUCAACAUACUACGUCGACGGCGAGCAGUUCUUUACUUGA